UAAUAUGAGGCGCAUCAUCGAGGCUCCAAUUUCCUCUGGAGGAUGCAACCAGUACCGAAUUACAUGCGCAAUCCUGCCGUGAAUCAGACAUCACCACGGUAACCGAACGGUAUUCACCAUUCUCUGCUUUACCCGUAAACAUCCGCGACGCAACCCUACCGAUCGUCAUCCUCGUACGCAAUUGGUCAGGCAGGCAGACAUGGUGAAGCUGGGCAGUAACCUGGCUGAUAAGCUGGAUAAAGAACAGUCUAUGGACGAUGGCUUUGAUAACAUCCCCCUCAUCACCCCUCUGGAGGUGAACCAGCUGCAACAGCCAUACUUAGACAAGGUAAUCGUGAAGACCACAACAGAGUAUCAGCUGCAGCAGAAGAAAAAGAAGAAGUUGUACGUGCCGGGAAUCAAGAAGCUGAAUAUAAAACUGUACGACGAGGUAUCAGAGAAGGUCAAGCUCACAGGGUUGAUCCUCAUCACCCUUGGGUUCCUGGCUUGUCUUCUCCUGCUGGUCAUGUACAAGGCUCUGUGGUACAAUCAACUUACCUGCCCAGAGGGCUUCGUUCUCAAGCACAAGCACUGCACCCCAGCAGCGGUCCUGGAGCCCUGGUACUACACAGAGCAGCAGCAGCAGGAGGACCCAGGCGUGCCCCCCCGCUCCAGCAGUCUCUACACCGCCCUGGGUCACCUCAACCAGGCCAAGAGGACCGCCGCCGGAGCCAUCAUCCCCGAGCUGCCCCCGUCACCAUGGUUCCCCGUCAUCAACGCCCUGAAGCAAGCCGAGAGGGCCAAAGAGGAGGCGAGUCGUUCGAAGGAGUGAGGGAUGGAGGGAUUUCCAGAGGGAAAGGGUUUAGGAAGGGGGCGAUAAAGGUAGAAGGGUAUAUGGGGUUUCCAAAAGGAAGAGUUAGGAAGAGGGGAUGGAGAUGGAGAUGGGGGAAAAGUGUUGUUUACUUGGGGGAGUUAACUAUGAGGUAUUCUGGGUAACGCUCCAAAUGUCUGUUUAGGUGUCAGCGAACGUGACUCAUUUGCAGUAAAGUUAAUCUCUCUAUGACGUUAUCAGUGAGGACCACCGCCUUGUGUUAUGUGCGUGCGUGCCUGUGCAAGCGAGAGAGAGAGAGAGAGAGAGAGAGAGGUGAGAGAUGUGCGUGUGAGAAGCGUUGGAGAACUGAACAUAACAAGAUUCCCUGAAAUGCUCACUAGAUUGUCCUUAUCAGACUAACAUGUUUUCAGGUUUUUAUUUUAUUCUGAACUGAAUGUAGAGUAUUGUUAGUAAUGUGGUCUGACAAGGUUUAGCGUUAUUACAUUUAGAUCGAACUAGACAUGUUUUUUGUCGAUUUUUACAUACACAGUUUGGGUAUAAAAUGUUUUGUUCUAUUCAGGAAGCACAGAGCCCACAUUAAUUUAGAAACAUGAUUGUAAAAAACAUAUUUAUCAUGCCUUUUUUUCUCAAUAGAUUUUCCAGCAGCUGUGAACAAUUUGUGUAUGAGGAUUUUGGUACAAUUGGGUACGAGGAACCUGAAUAUUUUCAGGUGGAAGAUAACCAAAUGGAUUGAUGUCAUUUCAAUUCAGAUGAUUUUGAAUGUAGUAGACUAGCAGGUGUACAAGUUGGAUUCCUGUCUCAUAAUUAAUAUUUUAACAUAACAUUAACUACCUAGAGUAUCCGUAUCUUUGUGUUUUCUAGUAUUUAUUUAAAGACCUAUUUAUUAUGAGCUUACUUUAUUCCUUAAGCUAUUUAUUUGAUUUUUUGGGGGGGGGGGGGGGGGGGGGGGGGUGAAAAGCUUGAAGGAUAAAAUUUUUUAAAUUAUUUAUUUGGGGAUUUUUAAAAUAGUGAAUAAAAUGCAAUGCGAUUCAUAUCAAGUCAUCAUAAUAACUGGCAGUAUUUUCACCAUGGAUCAGAUUGUGAUACUGCCAUUGUGUCACCAUUCACCACCCAGCGUUAAUAAACCUUGUUCUGUUCUGAGUGCCAAACGUUUAUGUCAGACCCAUCUGCUCUGAUGUCAUCAAUAAAGCUUUCUCAUUCAUAAUCUGGGA